AUGCGCAUUGCUGCGCCAGCCACAGUGUCUGGUCGGCGCGUGAACCAAACGGGACUACUUUCACGCACGCUGUUAUCGCCGCGUCACUUGCACACUACAGCGUGUCGUUUGUUGCCACCAGGCGGCGGGUUUCCUGGCAUGCGAAUGAAUAUGCAAGGCCAAGAGGCCCAGCCCGGCGAGACGCUAGCACAGUACUCUCAAGAUCUUACGAAAUUGGCACGCGAGGGGAAUGUGGAUCCUGUGAUCGGACGUGACAGCGAGAUCCGUCGCACAAUUCAAGUCUUGUCGCGUCGCACUAAAUGCAAUCCCGUGCUGGUUGGACCUGCUGGUGUAGGUAAGACAGCCAUCAUGGAGGGGUUAGCUCAGCGCAUCGUCAACAAAGAAGUGCCUGAAUCACUACAGGACAAGCGCGUGUGUGCAUUGGAUCUCGGUGCUCUUCUUGCUGGAGCUUCAUAUCGCGGAGCGUUCGAGGAACGAUUUAAAGCUCUCUUGCAUGAUAUCGAGGCAGAGCAGGGGAAAAUCAUCGUGUUUAUUGACGAACUUCACAUGUUGCUGAAUCUCGGCAAAGCAGAAGGCUCUGUCGACGCUGCAAACAUGAUGAAGCCCAUGUUGGCCCGCGGCACUCUGCAAUGUGCCGGCGCCACAACGUACGAUGAGUAUCGGAAAUAUAUCGAAAAGGACCCAGCUCUGGCGCGUCGGUUCCAAAGUGUAUCCGUACUCGAGCCGUCACCCGAAUCCACCGUUGCGAUUCUCCGUGGUCUUCGUACUCGCUACGAGGUACAUCAUGGUGUAGGAGUAAGUGAUGGUGCACUCGUUACGGCCGCAGCUUAUGCAUCACGGUAUUUGACGGAGCGUAAGCUCCCAGACUCUGCCAUCGAUCUACUCGACGAAGCCAUGUCAGCACUACGGCUUCAACAAGAAAGCAAACCCGAAGUGAUUGAGACACUUGAUCGAGAUAUCCUGACAUUGCAGAUUGAGCUGGAGUCUCUGCGUCACGAAAACGACCCUUUGUCUGUGGAACGCAAGAAGGUCGUGGAGAAGGAGCUGCAAGAAAAGCGCCAGGAGAGUGCCGCACUGACUUCUUCAUGGAUGGAGGAGCGCAGCAAACUAGAUCGUGUGAAGGAAAUAAAAGAACAACUCGAACAAUCCCGCAUCGAACUUGAACGUGCAACUCGCGAAGGCAAUUUCCAGCGUGUUGCUGAGCUGCAGUAUGGGCGUAUUCCCGAGCUGCGUCGCGAGCUUCCUAGCGAAGAGGAGAACAACGAUGCAUCAAAUAAAAACAUGCUGCACGAGCGCGUGACGAGCGACGACAUUGCUGCGGUGGUCGCCAAGAUGACAGGCGUGCCAGUGCGUAACCUGUUGCGCGGCGAGCGCGAACGUUUGCUUGGCAUUGAAGACUCGCUCCGCGAACGCAUUAUCGGUCAGGAUGAAGCGCUUGCCUCCAUUGGUGAAGCUGUGCGUCUGAGCCGAGCAGGGCUUCACUCCUCGAAGCGACCGUUGGCAUCAUUUAUGUUCCUGGGCGGCACAGGUGUUGGCAAGACAGAAGCAGCCAAAGGCCUUGCGCAGUUCCUGUUCGAUUCAGAAAAGCUGGUACAAAUUAAUUGCUCUGAACUGAGUGAGCCUCACUCUGUCUCGAAGCUUGUCGGCGCGCCCCCCGGUUAUGUGGGACAUGAAGAUGGUGGACAGCUCACGGAAAAGGUGCGCCGCCAGCCGUACUCAGUUGUUCUGUUUGAUGAAAUUGAAAAGGCGAAUCGUAGCAUCCACACGCUUUUGCUUCAGGUGCUCGAUGAGGGUCGCUUGCAAGACUCGCAGGGCCGACAAGUCGAUUUCCGCCAGACGAUCAUCAUUCUCACAUCCAAUGUGGGAGCCGACGUUCUGUACCAGCCAGGAGCGACUGAUGCGACUGGCCAUGUCACCGAAGAGUCGCGUGAAAAGGUCAUGGCGGAUGUGCAGCGAGCCUUCCCACCUGAGCUUCUGAACCGCCUAGACGAGCAGAUCGUUUUCAAUAACCUCGCACCUGAGACGCUCCAUGGUAUUGUGAACAUUCGAUUGAAGGAAAUUGACGCACGGCUGCAUGACAAGCGCGUCACGCUGCGUGUGGAUGAAGCUGCGCGCAACUGGCUUGCCAAGAAGGGUUAUGACCCUGCUUAUGGUGCACGUCCGCUCAAUCGUCUGAUCCAAAAGCGUCUUCUGAAUCCACUGGCUUCCAAUAUCAUUCAGGGUAAAGUCCUUGAGGGCGACACGGUAGAGGUUCAUGUGGACGAGUCGGCGAAUGCGUUAACGCUGGAUGUGCUGACUGGACCACAUCAUGAAGCUGAUGCUAAUCCAGACGCUGCCUCUGCACAGUAG